AUGGAUGAACUGGAUCCCUUGAAUUUCGGGAUCAACUUCCACCAAGCUUACGGGUCGGCGGCCUCGGCGGGGCACGGCACCGCCGCUAUCCCAACAUUUCACAGGGUUAUGCGGCGCUUCCCGACACCCGGGAUGCUUGCGGAUAAGGCCAACGCCGAUGAGCUCACGGAAAUGAUUCGGCAUCUUGGCCUGUCAACGAUUCGCGUAGCGGCCAUACAACGCGCGGACAUGCGCAUGGCGGUUGAGGAGAGGAGAAUUGUCUACAAUCCUGAUAAUGGAGGCCUCGAGAUUGUUGAUGUGGUAACCAAUUGA